CAGGGACCGGCUGUUUGCACAGAUCUCAGCCCAGAGAAGCAGCAGUGACAACGGCGGCAGCAUGAGUAACCCAAAUGCUGUGCCCAGACAGGGCUCUAAUCCCAAUUUGGUUUCAAAGGCAAUCAAUACUGACUUGAAAGGGUAAGAGAGAGACUUCAUCUCCAGCAGGAGCAUUCAUGAUCACCUCCCCACCCCACCCCCCCAUGGGCUAGCAAGCACAGUAAACCAUUUUGGAAAGGAAAGUUGUGAUGUUAAAGAUUAACAAUCUUCUUUGGCAAUCACUCGUAGCCGAGUAAGAUUGUCUUCCAUGAACACGGUCUUAACAGUGAGUCCGUAAGUGACUGUGGAGGCCAAUUCUGGAUCCACCCAUCCUUCCACAGUGGGGACAUAGGUUUCCAAGUGGGAGUUGAUCGUGGUGAGGGUUUGCCAAGCGUGCCGUCCUCUUAGCAUGUUUCUUGUCCUGAGUUCGAGCGUCUUCAAAGCCCAUGAAACCUUUGGUAAAGGCUGUUCUCCAACUGGAGCGCUCGCAGGCCAGUGUUUCCCAAUUGUCUGUGUUUAUACUAUAUAUUUUUCUGAUUUGCCUUGUCUUAAAACCUCUUUUGUUGACCACCGGCAUUACGCUUUCCAUUUUUAAGUUCAGAAUAGAGUACAGUGGUACCUCUGGUUGCGAACAGGAUCUGUUCCAGAGUCCCAUUCGCAACAUGAAAAGAACGCAACCCGCAGUGGCGCGUCUGCGCAUGCGCGGGUUGCUUUUGUGCAUGCGUGUGACGUCAUUUUGCGCGUCUGUGCAUGCCCGAGUGGUGAAACCCGGAAGUAACCCUUUCCAGUACUUCUGGGUCGCCACGGGACAUAACCUGAAAGAACGUAACAUGAAGCGGACAUAACAUGAGGUAUGACUGUACGGUCAUAUCUUGGGUUAAACACGCUUCAGGUUAAAUCUUUUCAAAUGGGUUACUUCCAGGUUUCGCCGCUCACGCAUGCGCAGACACUCAGAAUGAUGUCACAUGCAUGCACAGAUGAGGCAAAUCGUGACCCACGCAUGCAUAGACUCAGGUUGCGUUCUGCUCAUGAUGCGAACGGGGCUCCGGAACGGAUCCCAUUCCCAUCCAGAGGUACCACUGUAGUUGCUUUGGAAGACGGUAAUCAGGCAUCCAAACGACAGCACCAGUCCAACGAAGUUGAUGUUGAAGAAUCAUUGCUUCGAUACUGGCCAUCUUUGCUUCUCCCAGUACACUAACAAUAAAGCAGGCCUGCCAAACCGGGCUGAUUGUGCAAUCCUUUUCAUGUCUACUCAUCAUUCAAAGCUUUAUGGUGCAGCUUUAAACAUCCAUGCCUUCCCCCCAAGAAUCCUAGAAGCUGUAGUUUGUUAAGGGUGCCGACAGUUUUUAGACGACUGCCUAUUCCUCACACAGAACUAUAGUUCCUUUGGAAGAGGGCUUGAUUGCUCAACCACUCUUGAGAAUUGAAGCUCCGUGAGGGGAAAUGGGGUGUCUCUUAACACCCGCCAGCACCCUUCACAAGCCACAACUCCCAGAAUUCUUUGGGGGAAGCCAUGACAGUUUGAAACAGUAUCACAGUGCUUUCAACAUAUGGGGCGGAUAUUCCUUUAGUUCCAGGUUGGUGCAUAACAUAAAGGGGGCUAACCAUCAGCUCAUGGACCAAAUUUGUGUUGCCAAGCUAUUUGGGGCAAGCCACGCCCAGCUGUUCUACACCUGACAUCAUGCGAAGGGCAGACAUCCAUGGCUAGUAAAUGGAUUAAUUCCAGAAGAUUCAUGCAGGAACUGGCAAAACUUGACAGGGUUUAAGGCCAGGAAUAAUAUUUUGGUUAACUUCUUUCCUAACUGUGUGAUUUGAUUCUGGACCAUUGCCAAGGAAAGGGGUAAAUAUGUGACUUUAUUUGUUUGUUUGUUUUCCGUUUAUAGGCACCACCUUUCCUCCAAAGACCCCAUAGUUUCUUCACCUCUGCUUAUGCGCAAAACCACCCUGUGGUAGGGAAUGUGGCAGGCCCAAGGUCAUGGCCAAGUGGGGACUUGAACUUGCAUCCUUUCCACUCUGGUCCAACUCUCUUAACAACUGGACCUCCAUGACUAAACCACGUGCUGGUUCUUUUUGUCAUAUAAAUAGCACUUUAUAGAUAAGUUCAGUUAGGGGUGGGAAGGAAGGGAAUUGUUCUCCUCUGUGUUGUUCGUCUCCCCCCUCUGUAUUUAAAUAACAACAUCCACAUGAUGUGUGUUUGUGUGUGUGUGUGUAAAACCAACUCUGUCAUGUUCCAGGCUGAUUCAUUGCCAUUUGCCAAGCUUUUCGUACAGACAUGGAAUGAUUCCAAAGCUCUACGUGAUGCCCUGGAAACAAGAUAUGAAGUAUCGGGAUAUGGCUUUAAAGGUAAGGGAAAUACAUUUUUUCCUUGGAGACUCUCAUUUUAAGAAGGACUCAAAUUUUUGAAAGAUACUUAGCAUCGACAAAGUACCUGUUGAAGUCACUGCAGUUUGAGAGCAUUUCUCCUCAUUAACAUAGACAUCAUUCAAAUGUAAUAAUUUUAUUUUUUAAUAUCCUGCCCAUCUGGCUGGGUUGCCCCAUCCACUCUGGGCGGCUUCCAACACAUAUAAAAACAUAAUAAAAUGUCAAACGUUAAAAGCAUCCCAAUACAGGAAGCUGAAUGAUGUAUAUAUCGUUCAAUCAUAUCCUCCAUUGUAACUUUUCUAUUAAUAAUAAUAAUAAUAAUAAUAAUAAUAAUGUCCUGAUACAGGAAGUUGAAUGAUGUAUAUAUUGUUCACUCCUAUCCACCAUUGUAGCUUUUCUAUCAUCAUCAUCAUCAUCAUCAUCAUCUUCAUCACUAUUAUUAUUAUUAUUUCUUACCCACCCUUCGUCCUAAGGUCCCGGGGCAUGUUACAAUCUAAAUUACAAUAUUAAAAACAUUUUCAAGGAAAUGACAAUCACAGGAAUAGGAUGGCUGCUGAAAACAUACAUCUCAGAUGUCAAAGACCAAAGCACAGAGGCAAUGUUAAGAUAUAAAGAAAGGUUGUUUGGAGUUGGUCUUUUGGUGACAUCGCAGUUCUUUGAAGAAAGCAAUUGCCCUGUGGGAUCUUCUCCCCAAAUUAGGCUUCUUCUGAUUCUGUGUCCUGUUGACUGCACAGGAUAAGGAGUUCACGCCAUGCAUUCUCAUAAACUCUAGCGCAGAUAAAGCUCAUUUCACACCAUUUUGCAAAGCGAUUUCCCUUAUAUGAUGCAUCUCUGUUGGCGAUUUUCAUACCGCUUUACACACUGCAGAACCGAAUGGCAAAACCAGAGAAGUACAAAUCCCGAAGGACUUCCUAAGUUCAUAGUUGCUUAAUUCUUUGUGUUUUAUUAUCGGCGGUGAUGUUGUUAUUUAUUGACAAUUGCUUGAAUUCUUUUCCUUAGCAUGCUAAACUUGUUGAGCUAUAUACUGGUCCCCUUGAAGACAGUCUGUUUCUGGAGAAGCGUGAACGGCAUUGUCAUGGAGAAGACCGAAAGCAGCUUCUUCAAAAAGUUCCCUGUCAACUGACCGUUGAAGACAUUCCCAUUUAUUCCCAUCUUUCUAGAUACCAUAAGUCCAUGGUGGCUUAUGGCUUCAGGAUCAGACUCUGAGGUGCUUUUCUCCAGCGACAGCUGCAUCGGCCAAAAAUUAAACAAUGCUGCAUGAAAACAG